AUUUUCAUAAUAUGAAUCAAUAUCGAUCAGUAGAUAAAUAUAGGCGAAGUUGACAAUUUAAAUAUGAUCGAAUAAAAUGAAUUUUUGUUUGUACAUCUGAUAAAUCCAAAAUUGUAUUAUACAAACAAUUGGAACAACCGCAAAAUUAUGUUGAUAAAAUCGAUUGAAGUUGGUACGAAGGUGAUAGAUGUUUUGCUGCUUUUACUAGGAUCUGGAAACGAUACAUUUUUUGUAAACUUAACAGUUCGUAAGCACCACUUGUGUAAGGUAGACAACGAAAAGUUAGAUGUCAGACAUUACAAGCCAGCGUCCCACAAGGGAGCAUACUUAGUCCUGCGUACCAUUUAUACUGGUGACCUGCGGGUGACAAAUUUGUCUUCUGACUCCUACUAAAACAACCUCCAACAUCGAAGAACACGUUGAGUUUGUCAAAGGCGGGUGCAAAAAGUGGAGGACAAGACUGAAUGAAACAUUGAAAAAAUAGUCUUACUCUGUAUUGUACUUCACCAAAAUGGUACUUCGGACUACCUAUCAAGCUAGAUGCAUGGAACGAUAUCUAGGCUGCAGUCUGAUAUAGAAUCUUUACACAAGACUUGGACCACAGUCGGUUCGCCGCCAGAAGUAUUCAUACUGGCUACACUAAUGCCCAUAAGUCAGCCUGCAUUACACCUAUGCCCAGGAUGCCCAUUUUCAGCAAGACGUCAUAAAAACAGUGAGUCACUGCCUGGCUUUCGACCUGUAGUACGGACGUACAACAGCUGUCUUCAGCGAGUCGCUCCCUGGGAUUCAACCUGUACGCACGAACAUACAUCAGCUGUCUCCAGCCAGUCGCUCCCUGGGUUUCCGUAUUUAUAUCGUAAAUUGUGAAUUAA